ACAUCCUGUGCAUCUGCCUGGCCUGCUGGGCUCUGCCUCCAUCCAGCUGCUCCUCGCCCGCCCGCCCGCCUGGUAGACUCUGCUAUGCCAUCUACACUCCCUUCCCUGCUCUGCCUUGGACUGUAUCUGAGCCUGAGGGCCGGCGCCCAGAACCAGACCCUCUCAAAGCCCCUCAUCUGGGCCAAACCCAGUUUCAUGGUUCCAAACGGGGCGUCGGUGUUCGUCUGGUGCCAGGGAACUCACAGGGCCAUUGAGUACCAGCUGCAUUUUAAGGGACUCUUCACCUUGGAGAGACCGAACGACCCUGGGCUGACGAACAAAGUCAAGUUCUCCAUCCAGCCCAUGACCUCCUCCACUGCAGGGCAGUACACAUGCUUCUACCGAACUGGGGAGCUCUGGUCAGAGCCUAGUGACCCUCUGGACCUGGUGAUAACAGGAAUGUAUGACAGGCCCACCCUCUCCGUUCACCCUGGGCCCGAGGUGCUCCCAGGAGAGAACGUGACCUUCUCUUGCCACCUAGAGACGGCAACGACCACGUUCUUUCUGCAUAAGGAGGGGACGGCCAGCCGCCCGUGGCGCAGAGUCGGCAACAGUCCAGCAGCGUUCUCCAUGGGCCCCGUGACCCCAGCCCACAGGGGGACGUACAGGUGUUUCGGUUCCUAUAACGAGCACAUGUGGUCUUUCCCCAGCGAGCCUGUGACGCUCCUGGUCACAGGAGAUGCCGGGGUCGCUGACCUGGCAUCCACAGGACAGCCCUCUUCCCCAGACUCUUGGGAACUCCACUUGUCAACCACAAAGAAGGGGCUCCGGAAAGAUCUGAUCCCCUGGGAUUACACGGCGGAGAACCUCUUUCGGGUCGGCCUGGGCCUCCUGGUCCUGGUGGCCCUUAUGUGCCUCCUGGCCCACACCCGGCUUUUGAGGAAGAAGACAAAAAGGGCCUCAAGUCAGGAACGCAGGAGAAGGUACAGAUGGCAAGGAGCCCUGGACGAAUGACCGAGAGAUGCGGUGGCCAUAGGUGAAGCUGAAUGCUGACCUUGACCUUGAGCUGGGUGACCUCUAUGUUGGAAGGAAACCAGGGGACAACUGCGUGGAGUUUGAUGAACCCAGGCAGGAGGAGGGAUGAAGAGGCUAAAUGUCUUCUGCAGGCAGAUCCCGCUGUCUCUUCUAGGUUCUCAGUAUUUUGUUGUUGUUGUUGAAUGUAUUGGGGUGACAUUGGUUAAUAAAAUUACACGGGUUUCAGGGGUACAAUUCAAUAGUACAUUGCAUUGUGUUUUCAUCACCCUAAGUCAAGUCUCCUUCAUCACAUUUGUCCCUCCUUUACCCUUGCCUAACUUCCCCCACGCCAACCCCACUCCCUUUCGGUCUGGUAAUCACCAUACUGUUGUCAAUGUCUGUAAGGUUUUUGUUGUUGUUGUUAUUGUUUUGCUUAAUCCCUUCACCUUUUUCACCCAGCCCCACAACCACCCUCCCCAUUGACAGCUGUCAGCUUGUCCUCUAUCAAUGAGUCUGUGGAAUAUUACUUAGCUGUUAAAAAAAUAGAACAUCUGCUAUGGCGGGAGGGCUCAGUUGGUUGGAGUGUCUUCCCAUACACUAGAACAGCGGUUCUCAACCUGUGGGUCGCGACC